AUGUCCGGAGAAGCCUGGCUAUACCUGAUAGCGGUGCUCAUCAAUGCCGUCAACCUCUUCCUUCAAGUCUUCUUCACCAUUAUGUACAGCGAUCUGGAAUGUUUCUCCCCUACAACACGUGCUGACAAGAUACAGNNGAUCUUCGAGAACCAGCACCUUCUGGAUGCCACUGAGAUUUUCAGAAAGCUCAACGUUCACAAGAAGGUAAGCUCUUGCGCCGCAUUCCUACCAGACUUGCAGGUAGCUGACAAAAGCUUCAGNGAAUCCUUCAUUAAGCUCGGUUUCCACCUCGUCAUGUUCUUCUUCUACCUCUACAGCAUGAUUGUCGCUCUCAUCCGCGACGAGUCCCACUAA